CUUCAGAAGAACGCGGGAAACCUGAAUUCAGUUUCGACACAGUCAGCAAAAGGAAGACAGGAGCAACAAGUGAUCUGAUCUGCGGUUGCUGCCCCUUCCCUUCCUCCUCCCUCACCCUCUCCCCCCGUCAUGUUGUGGCGUCUGAUCGAGUUCCUUCUGCUGGCAGAGGUGGCCACGGUCAUCCUGCUGUGCAUCCCGCUUCCAAUGUGGCGCAAGCUGGUCCUCAAGUGCCUGCCUCUGUUCCGCAAUCCUAAUUUGCGGAAGGCCAUCAUGGCGACCCAGUUUUUGUGCGGCGUGCUGUUCUUGGAUGCCCUCAUCGGCGUUUACCGACCAAAGCACCAAUACUUUCCCGAUCGCCGUCAAGCUGCCGUUCACGAUGAGCACCACCAUAUGGUCCGCAAGUUUCGCGCUGAGCGCAACAUCCACAUCUCGGGCUUCUGCCUGCUCUUGCUCUUCCUCAUCAACAGGCUGAUGGCGUUCAUCCUUGAGCUUGAGGAGACGCACAAGAAGCUCAACAUCAAGACUGAGCAAGUGCAGCUCCUGAGCGACCAGCUUGAGGCACGUGCUGCAGCCACAGCUGAGGAGCGCGCCCACCGUGCACACGAGCGCCAGCCCACCUCAGGCGCACGCGACAGCGGCAGCAACGUCCGUCGCCGCGCUGUGGCUGCCACCACCGCCGAGGAGUGAGAUAGAGAGAGAGUGUGUGUGUGUGUGUGUGCACCAUCGUCGUCGUCGUCGUCGUCGUCGUCGUCGUCG